GCCAUUUGCUAUUCUUAAAAUUCAACUCAGUGGUGCAGUGUUGAGGGAGAGAGCUCUGUUCUCCCUCCACUUAUUUUUCUUCUGCCAGUAGCUUUGUCCGGUACUAUGUUUUUUGUUGCCGUUUCCAUCGAGCCUGCGUGAAAGUGAAUGGACUUGAUUCGCGAGUGAAGCUGGGUUUUCUUUUGUGUGUGAGCAGGCCUGCUUCGCCUCAGUCAUGAGCUCCAGCCUGGUCAACUCUUUAGCCAAAGUCUAUGACCGAAAUCCUCUUCAUGGCCAGAAGACUGGCGGAAGGAAGCUCUCACUUCAUGGAUCGGACAAGUGCCAGGCCUCUUCGCUGUCGCCCACCUCCCCUCCCGAUGCCGCCCUGCGCUGCGUGGAGAGCCGAAUGGACUCACUGAGCUCUCAGAUGGAGCGCUUGCUCAGCAUGCAGCAGACCGUCUUGACCCGGCUGGAUGGCCUGUCCCUGGACGUCAGGGGCAUGGGUCGGGACCUGGCAUGGAUGCGCGAAGAGGGCCACGGUGUGAGGCGCGGGUCCGGGGUUCAUGCGGAGUGCAGGGAUCUGCACGGCGCCGUCGAGAAGGCCGGUGACCAGAUGGAGAGUCAGGGACGCAGGCUGGACGGGGUGGAGAGGCUGUGUGAGGGCACCCAGCAGGUGAUUAGCUUUAUUGGGGAGGUAGUGAAGAGCUCCAGGCUGGUGGAGCUGCUGUUCAAACAGCCUGGAAAGAAGGCAAACCCGAAGGCAAAAGAUGACAAGGAUAAAGCCAAACUGAGCCUGAAGGGCUUGAAGGCCCAGAAGAAGAGGAGACCUGCGGAGGCGUCAGACACUUCUGUGCAGAAUGAGCCUGUGCUGCAGGAGCAGGUGGAAAAGCUCAACAGGCAGAACACUGAGCAUUCCCACGGAAGGGCCGAGGCUGACAAUCAGAAGGGGGAGGAGGAGAGGGGAAGUGGGGGAAGAAGACAGGAGUCGGCGGAGCUGAUCCUGGACGGACCGCACACCUCUGCUGCCCAGUCAGAGGACAGGACGAAGGCAACCAAGGAGACAGAAGAGGAAGAGGAGGGGGGUGUCUUGGAUGACUCAGAGUUAGAGGUAGAAAAGACGGAAGAGGGGGCUGGAAAAGUGGAAGAUGAUGGGAAAACAGAGCAUAAAGGGGAGGCAGAAGGGUGCUCAGAAUCCGAAAAGGCCCCAAGUAUCACCGCAGAUAUCUCCAAGACCUCCCUCCUGCCACAGGAGAGCUCUGAGGAAGCCGGCGACGUGGCCACUUGCAGCAAACGCCGUGUCACAGAAGAGGACCCGGUGAAGGACGACCUCAAAAAAAGCAGAGUGGAAGACAGUGGAGGGGAAAGUGCCGACGGGCAGGUGGUCCAGGGGGACGAGCCUCUGGUUUCAAAAUCUGACGAAGUAAAGACGGAGGUGGAGAAGGAGGAGGUGGAGAAGGAGGAGGAGGGGAAGGAGGAAGAGUCGGCAGUGAAGGAAUUUAUUAUUGAGUCAAGCCCUCCACCGUCAGCACCUUUCGACCACCGCAUCGUGACUCCCAAACCCCAUCAGAUAGCCACCUAUUACACCAUCAACAGAGACGAGGUCCUGGGAGGGGGACGUUUUGGACAAGUCCACAAGUGCAUAGAAAACUCAACUGGUUUAUUGUUGGCUGCCAAGAUCAUCAAAGCCAGGAGCCAGAAAGAGAAGGACGUGGUGAGGAAUGAGAUCCAGGUGAUGAACCAGCUGAACCACCCCAACCUCAUCCAGCUGUACGCCACCUUUGAGUCGCGCCAUGACAUCAUCCUGGUCAUGGAAUAUGUGGAGGGAGGAGAGCUGUUUGACCGCAUCAUUGAUGAGAACUACAACCUGACGGAGCUGGACACAGUGCUGUUUAUACGCCAGAUCUGUGAAGGGCUGCAGUACAUGCAUAAGAUGUACAUCCUACAUCUGGACCUCAAGCCUGAGAACAUUCUUUGUGUCAGCAGAGCUACUAACAAGAUUAAAAUCAUUGACUUUGGCCUGGCCAGGAGGUACAAACCCAGGGAGAAGCUGAGGGUUAACUUUGGAACACCAGAAUUCUUAGCCCCUGAAGUCAUCAACUAUGAGUUUGUUUCAUUCCCCACUGACAUGUGGAGCCUUGGCGUCAUCACUUACAUGCUGCUCAGCGGCUUGUCUCCGUUUCUGGGGGACGAUGACAACGAGACGCUGAACAACAUCCUGGCCUGCCAGUGGAACUUUGAGGUGGACGAGUUUACGGACAUCUCCGACGAGGCAAAAGAAUUCAUCACCCUUCUGCUGGUAAAGAGCAAGAGCUGGAGGAUGAGCGCCGCUGAGUCCCUUCGGCACCCCUGGCUGUCAGACCGGAGUCUGCACUAUCGACUCAAUCAGAAGAGAAACAAGUGCCACUCCAUACACGCUCCUUCUCCAGAGAGCCAGACAGAAACGCUGUGAGGCCCUCAGCAUGCCUUUUGACAAUGUCGGGCCCCGGAGCUCAACACUGGACCAAUGCUGCUGUACCUGUCUGGCUACUGGAUAACUACUCUCGCAUCCUCGCGUAAGCUUAGCUUCGAAAGCUGGUAGUUCUGACCUGAGUCGUGUGAAGCCUGCAGGAGAGGAACACACUUUUUUGAGUCAAAAACCAUCUGCUAGAAUGCUUACUGCAGAGCACGACACCUCCUACUGAACCAGAGUGGCAUCGCUAGCUCUACGGUGGUAUGUAGAACGACCUGUAUUGCAGCCGUGAAUAUUGGAGACAAAAGACUUGAGUGACUGUCACUUCUACAACGUCCAACGUCGUGAACAAGUAAAGGAUGAAAAGCAGCAGUUUAGCAUCGAACGGACACCGUGAGCAGUUUGUCAUGUUGGCCUGGUUUGUUGCAUGCGUUGCACUUUUUGUCCUAUUUCUACAAGUUAGCAUACAACUAUUAUAGACCGAAAGAUUUAUUCAAUUAAUAUAUUAUUGUGAAUACAGAUUUUGUUUUCUUUCUUUCAAUUUACAAGUCUUAUAAAAGUUAUUAUUUCUUGAGCAUAAGGUUAAAAAAAAAAAGCUUUGUUGAAGUUGAAGUCACACCACAUUAAUUUAUUUUGUACAGUAUGUAACACAACACCUCCUCUCAUUCCCCUGAAAAGUGAGGAUAUCUCAAUUUACAUUUUCACUGUAGACCGGAUUACUUUCUAUCAUGCCACAGCUCGCCUUUCGCUUCAGCAGUUUGCAGUCGCCCUCUCACCUUCCAUGAAGGCACAACGGACAACAGAAUACUGCCUAUGAAUGACUCCUGAUUAUGACUGAAGUGGAUUCUUAUGUUCAUUUAUUCACUGGUUCAGCUCCAGACUGUACUUAAAGUGCAAAGCUUUUAUAUUCAAGAUGGGAUUUCUUUCAGGGGAGAGAAACAGGAUCUGCCUGUACUGCAACAACAGAGCGGAGAUGACGUCGGCGCUGACUGAUUUAUUAUCCCGUUCUUUCUAAGAGACGGGAAGUUGGUUGAAUGUUUAUCACUCAGUGGUUGGAUGCUCCAACUAGAAAUGGAACAGCUUUGUGAUCUUGAAUACUUGUUUAUUUGAAUUUAUGAUACCUUUUUUUCAAUUAAAUGUAGAAUAUGAAUAAACAAAUAAAUUGAGCACACUAAAAAAAACAUGUGCAGUGUUUCUUACAGUGUAUUUCUUUGGAACUAAAACUUGAAUAUUAAAAUUGUGUGACCAUU